UGCGACUUUUGUCGCUCGCGUUCGUUGCCGUGAAAUUUCAUUCUUAUUUGUAAAGCUGUCUUGCUAAUUUUGACGCCGUGUAAAUAAAAUACAUUGUCAACGAGCAUCGAGUCGUCGAUCACUUCUGCCAAGGCAAACUUUUCACGCUUUCUUAUCGAUAAAUAAAUAACUCGAUCGAAACUCGAGGACGUUUUAUCUGAAGAAAGUCGUAAAAUUAUUACGACUCCGGUAUUCCCUGUCAUAAAAACUGCUCUAGGUUUAUUGCAUCAAACGUACAAUUCUUGCGAAAGAUCAGCCGUACAUUCGGCUCGAUAAUACUCGGAUCACAGUUCGUUUGGAAAGACGAAAAUGAAAGCUCGACACCCGUUCGGAACAAGGAAACAGGAUAGCGCGACUCGGAAGAGCGUGUGUUAUGGCUACCACGAACGAGCCUGCGCUCAUCGACCCGCUCUACGAAACCAUAGAAACACCGAACAUACGGGAAUCAAAACAAUCGUUCGUCAGGCACGAUCUACGGUAUCCUGACAGCUAUUCCAGCUGAUCGUUCCCUCGGGGACACUAAUUCACGAGGAGAAUGGAUGACCAUCGUUCGACGAUGGACAUCAAAGACAGCAGCGACGAAGAGGACGCGCAGAAUAUUUCGGCGUUCACCAAGUUCGACGAGAGCAUCGAGGUCCGCAACGCCGAAGAGAUCCAAAGCCCUGUACGUCGCAGGCCUUCGAGCUCCAGGAGACCUAGACAACCGAUCAAACAGGAAAAUACGAACUCUAUGGGGAUUAAUUCGCCGCGUGGAAAACUUAAUUUCAGAAGGUAUUCGGACAACGAAAACAGCUUCGGAAAGUCGCUGGGGAUCAGCAGUGAUCCCUCGGACAGCGAGGAAAGCGACGACGACGACAUCCAGGCGACGAGCAACGCGCAACAGGUAGAGAUAUACAACCCGAAGGAUUUCGAGGAUUUAGAGGUGUCGGCGGAAGUGACCGAACUCUUUCAAAACAUAAUGAGGUAUACUCCGCAAAGGAUAGAGCUGAACUACAAACUGAUUCCAUUUAUCCCCGACUACAUCCCGGCGGUUGGUGAUAUAGACGCAUUCAUAAAGAUUCCUAGGCCGGACGGAGUGGAGGAGAAACUAGGACUGACUGUUCUCGACGAGCCGUGCACCGAUCAGUCCGACCCAGCCGUGUUGCACUUACAACUCCGCAGCCACCUGAGGAGUGCAGGUGCGGCCAGACAGACAGUGGUAAAAAGAAUCGAGGAUGCCGAGAAGAACGCAAAGUCCAUCGACAAGUGGAUCGAGGACAUCAAUCAGCUUCACAGAAGCAAACAUCCGCCGGCCGUUCAUCUAACGAAACCUAUGCCCGACAUCGACUCUCUGCUCCAGCAAUGGCCGGCCGAAGUCGAAGAGAAGCUCAACGAAAUGGAACUGGACUUCACCGAACUCGACUGUGAUCUUCCGCAUCUGGUUGAUAUCAUUUGCAACCUCUUCGACGUUCCAACGGACGAGGACUCCAGAUUGGAAGCGUUACACACGAUUUUCACGCUUUUCUUAGAAGUUCGGAACGCCAGGGCGCAAAAGUAUUGACUUCCGCCGGAUACACUGGAUAAGCGUGCAUUACCAAUCG